ACGAUGUUAGUGCUUUUAGAGACAUCGGCCGGUUAUGGCCUAUUCAAGAUUACAGAUUCUCGCUUGCUCGAAUGCAGCGUCGAUGAAGUCCCUUCGUUUUUUCAAGACGGCGACACCGCCCGUUCAUCGGUAAAAUUAUCAGCCUUUUCCAAAUUUAACACUACUGACGAUGCUCUUGAAGAGGCUACGGCGUUGUCUGAGUCACGUUUGGGCAAGCAGCUCAAGCGUUUGCUAAAAAAGAAAGUAGUCGAGGCUAAAAUAGUAGAGCCAUUAGGUGUUUGUGACAAGAGUCUGGCUAUUGAAAUUCAGAAGAAAUUGAAGAUUGAUGUUGUGUACAACCCUAAUACGCUGGAGAUCGCUCGUGGCCUCAAGGGCCAGUUUUUUGAAUUGGUGUCAGGUAUUUCGGAAUCGGAUGCCAGAUCUAUGUCUUUGAGUUUAUCGCAUUCUUUGGCUCGGUUCAAGCUGAAAUUUUCACCUGACAAGGUGGAUAUAAUGGUCGUUCAAGCCAUCGGUCUUCUUGACGACCUUGACCGCGAAGCAAACAACUUUGGCAUGCGACUGAAGGAAUGGUACGGUUGGCAUUUCCCCGAGUUAUCUCACAUUGUUCCGGACAUGACGUUAUAUUCUCGCGCUGUACGUCAGAUUGGCAUCCGCGGGUCAACAUCACUAGAUGAGUUGGAGUCAUUUCUCCCAAAGGAUGUUGUCGAUGAGAUAAAGAAAGCAUGUGAAAUUUCCAUGGGUUCUGAGCUGAUGACUGAUGAUUUGGAGGCUAUUAAUGAAUUGGCAGAGCGUCUGGAAGAGAUGCUUAACUACCGUUCUACUUUGGAGGAGUACCUUCGUAUGCGUAUGCGCGCCUUGGCUCCUAACCUAACUCACAUGGUUGGUGAGGUGAUUGGUGCGCGGCUGUUAUCUCACAGUGGUUCUUUAAUAAACUUGGCUAAGCAUCCUGCAUCUACUGUGCAGAUCCUUGGUGCCGAGAAGGCUCUGUUUAGGGCUCUGAAGACGAAUGCUCCUACACCUAAAUAUGGCAUUAUCUACCAUGCUGGGUUUGUAGGCCAAGCUCAACCUAAACACAAGGGUAAGAUAUCACGCAUUCUGGCGGCAAAACUGGCUUUAUGUGUUCGUGUUGAUGCCUUGCAAGAUAGUCAAGAACCUACAGUGGCGAUCGAGAGCAAGCGUUACCUUGAACAGAAAUUACUGGAGCUUUCAGGAAAGCCUGAUAUAACGAAUACCGGUGGUAUGAAGCGCCCAGAGAAGCCUGGGCAGUUACAGAAACCCAAAUGGAGUUCUGCUAAGCGCUUUAAGCAAAACGAAUCAGAGUGACGCCAUUAGGUUGUGCAACUUGCCAAAUUAGCUUAAAAGUUGUCCAAUAUGAUAUG